GGGCGGUCUGGACCCGCCUCCGCCUGAAAAAGGCAUUCGAAUGCAAUGUGUUUAGUAGUACAGCGCGCACAGAGCAGAGUACCCGUUAUACCCGGUGUGAAAAAAGUAAAGUUACACACAGCCCGGCACGCAAGCCUGAACUUUUGGAGCGAGCAAAGCGCCCAAACAAACUUCGCGUGAAGAAAAAAGCAGCUCUACUACAGUCGGGAGCUGGGUAAUUUUUUUCUUUUUUUUUUUCCACUGCCACUGGACGACGCCUGGCUGGAGCUCCGCAGUAGAAAGUGAGCACGCUGUUUACUACGGGAAACCCGGGAAAAUGGAGAACCAGGCUAAGGGAGCGGCCUCGGCCGAUCAGGAUGAGGCUCUGCUCGAGCUCGAGAGAGCGGACGGACAGCGCGAGCGUCCCCGCGCCGCCAGCGAGGGAAAGUCGCAGAAGCGUUGGCUCCUUCUGGGGGCAUUACUGCUGUGUUUUCUGCUAAUAGUUAUAUUAGCAGUUGCAUUUUCACUGAAGUCCUCCAAAAUUAAAGGAACAGUGUGGCUGAAGGAGGAUUAUGAAGACAUUAUAACUCCGCAGUGUCCAAAAAGCUUCUCAAAGUCCCCUGUUAUUCUGGUGUCAAUGGAUGGUUUCAGAGCUGGGUAUUUAGAUGUCCAUAAGGACCAUCUUCCAGUUAUCAGUAAACUAAGAAACUGUGGAACCUCUCCUCCAUAUAUGCGGCCUACUUAUCCUACAAAAACCUUCCCCAACCACUACACAAUUGUGACAGGCCUUUAUCCUGAAUCACAUGGGAUUGUGGACAACAAGAUGUAUGAUGUCAAACAAAAUGCCUUUUUCACACUAAGAACUGAAGAAAAGUUCAAUCCAAAAUGGUACCUAGGACAGCCCGUCUGGCUUACAGCUAUGUACAACAACCUGAAGUCCGGCACUUUCUUUUGGCCCGGAACAGAUGUGAAUAUAAGUGGGAGCUAUCCAAACCGGUGGAUGCCAUACAACUGGAAUGUGGCUUUUGAGACGAGGAUUGAAACUAUACUUGAAUGGUUGGAUUUACCCCCGAAGGAAAGGCCAGAUUUCUACACUUUGUACUUGGAGGAACCUGAUACAUCCGGCCACCGUUACGGACCAGUGAGCAGUCAGGUAGUCAAUGCCCUGAAGAGGGUCGAUAGUCAGAUUGGACUUCUUAUGGAUGGACUUAAAGAGAGGAACCUGGACAAAUGUGUAAACCUGGUCCUUGUUUCUGAUCAUGGAAUGGAGGAAGCAUCUUGUGAAAAAUCAGUAUUUAUCUCCCAACUCCAAAAGCACGUAGAAAACUUUUUUGUCACCUCUGGAGCUGCAUCAAGAAUCCGUCCAACCAAACUUCCUGAGGACUUCUUCACAUUUGACUACGAAGGGCUGGUGAAGAAUCUGUCGUGCAGAACUCCAAAUCUGAAGCCUUAUCUGAAAGAACACCUCCCCAAGAGGAUGCAUUUUGCCAACAAUGUCAGGAUAGAGAGAGGUCAUCUGUACAUGAAGGAACAAUGGCAAGCAGCAAUGAGUGUUCAGGAUAUGAAAUACUGUACAGGCGGAUUCCACGGCUCUGACAACGUCUUCAAAAACAUGCAGGGAAUAUUUAUUGCUCAUGGUCCCGGGCUGAAAUCCAGAACAACAGUCCCACCAUUUGAAAAUAUUGAGGUGUAUAACCUGCUUUGUGAUUUGUUAGGAAUCCCCCCAGCCCCCAACAACGGGACCCACGGCAGUCUAAACCACCUGCUGAAGGUCCCCUUUCACAGGCCUGUUUACCCGGCUGAACGCUCCCCUGCUUCAGCGUGCGAGGCCGGCGGAAACCCCAGCAAGGAUGAUCUGGGCUGCACCUGCAGUUCUGUCUCAAAGGAAGAGGCAAAGACCAUGGAUGAAAGGUUGCUCACAUAUAAUUCAAAUCCUGGAUUUAAGCGCCUUCAUUUACCGUAUGGAAUUCCACGAGUUCUGCAGAAUAACGCUGACUACUGUGUUUUGUACCAUUCAGACUAUAUCAAUGGAUAUAGUAAAGACAUAUUCAUGCCGUUGUGGGUAGCAUAUACCAUUAAAUCCCCGAGCGCUGUUAAACCUCUCCGAUCGGAGAUGAAGGACUGCAUACGCGCUGAUGUGCGGGUCCUGCCAAGUGAAAGCCAGAUGUGUAACAGAACUGGAAAUGGCAGCUCUCUGUCCUUUGGUCUCCUGCAUCCUCCCAAUUUUGGAACAGAAGGAAAAGAAUAUGACUCCUUAAUCACUAGUAACAUGGCUCCCAUGUUUCCUGCUUUUAAAGAGGUGUGGACUUACUUUCACGAUGCAUUGCUGAUGAAAUAUUCAAAAAAUAUGAAUGGAGUGAAUGUCAUGAGUGGACCAGUAUUUGACCAAAAUUUUGAUGGCAUUUAUGACACAAUGGAUACUGCUAACAGGCAUCAGAUCCAGGUUCCCACACACUUCUACGUGAUCCUGACCAGCUGCAGCAAUUCCUCCUUCUCCCCUGAAAACUGUGAAGACCCCCUGCAGAGCGUAGCUUUCAUCCUGCCCCACAGGCCUGACAACAUAGAGGCUUGCCCCAGUGCGCCAAACUUCGAAUGGGUUCAGGAGUGGGCGCAGUUCCAUGUGGCUCGGGUUCGAGACAUAGAACUCCUGACUGGACUAAGUUUUUACCAUGAGCGGAUAUCAGUUGAAGAGACUUUACAGCUGAAAACGUUUUUGAAAAUUUUCUAGUUUGUAUGAACAAAUGACAAAGAAAGAAAAACUGCUGUUGCUAACUUAUAAUGUCACAGUCAUGUUGCUGUAGACUUUAACUGAUAGCAGCGGUGAAGUGCAGGCUGCAAGCAGAACCCAGAAGAGCAUUCAUGCAAAACCAUUGCUGGAAUCGAAGAAGAAAGAGAACUGUAAAUUGUUCUAGGAAAGAAAUGCUUCUGUUGCUAUGGAAAUUUUCUAUAUACUUUUGUACCCAAAGUUAUUUUACUAGCAGGAAUUUCUCUAAAAACCUCAGACAUUUUAAACCUUUUGUUACUAUAAUUUUCUAAAUUGUAUUUUGACCUGUUUUUACUCAGCUGUUUGUAAUUUAGAGAGAAGCCCAAA